AUGCUUAGGACAUUUUUAAGUGAUGAAAAAGAUGAAAGAAUAAACUCAAUGAAAAAGGCUUUGUUCACAGAGGAAAGAAAAUCAAUUAUCAAUGGUCUUUCAAAUAGUUCAGAUUCUCAGAAGCUAGCAAUUGCAACUGUAGACAAUGGGAAAUAUAUAGAAAAUCAUGCCAGAAAAUAUCCUGUAAUUUUUCUUAGUUUUUUGGAAUGUGAAAUCAAAGAAAAUAUUGGAGAAGCAAUACAUGAAUGUUUCGGCAGUGCCAUUAGCGAUGCAUUCAAGGAGCACGAAUAUGUUGUUAAUGAACUAAAAAGGCGCCUAGCAGAAAAUUAUGAUGAACAGCUAGCGAAAGAAAUAGAAAUGUUUUAUUAG